CUCUUCGACCCACUUCUCCCUCUCUCUCUCUCUCGCCAUUGUUACAGGAGAGAGAUUACAUUGAGUUCAGCGAAAAUGAAGCAUCAAAAAGCUGCCAUCUUUGUUUCUUUGAUCUGCAUUGUUAUCGCCGGCGCCGGAGCGCAAUCUCCGGUUAAUCCUCCGACUACCACCCCUGCUCCACCGACUACCACUCCUCCCCCAACUUCAGCUCCUCCUCCAGUAACCCAAUCUCCACCUCCUGCUACUCCUCCUCCAGUUUCAACUCCACCACCGGCUACUCCACCUCCUGCAUCUCCUCCCCCAGCCACUCCUCCUCCAGCCACUCCUCCACCUGCAUCACCUCCACCUGCAUCUCCUCCACCUGCUACUCCACCCCCAGCCACUCCUCCACCUGCUACUCCUCCACCUGCUUCUCCCCCUCCUGCUACUCCACCUCCAGCUUCUCCACCACCUGCUACACCACCACCAGCAACUCCUCCUCCUGCUACUCCACCACCGGCUCCUCUCGCUGCUCCACCUGCUCAGGUUCCAGCUCCUGCUCCAAGCAAGAAGAAGUUGAAGGCUCCAGCUCCAGCUCCCUUGGGCCCAAGUCCACCAGCUCCACCCACGGGCGCUCCCGCGCCUAGUUUGGGUUCAAUCUCUCCAGGACCAGCUGGCACGGAUGUGAGUGGAGCAGAAAGGCUGUUGUCAAUGGGGAAGAUGGGUGGGAGCUUGGUGUUUGGAUGGACUAUUUUCUUGUGGCUACUUUAGAUAUGGGUCUCAGCUUCUUCCAAUUUUUGAUUUCUCUUUUAAUUUUGAAUAUGCUGUUACAUUCUGGGUUAUAUUAUAUAGUACUACUGGCUGUCAUUUUAGCCUGUGCUGGGUCUGGGUGAUGAGACCUUUGAUUGUCUGUAUUUGAGUUUUUGGAGCUUAUGUAUACAUUGGGUUGCAUUCUUUGGGAGAUUUUUGGGGACAUCUCUUGUAUCUGAGAGUGGAAGGAAGGAAGAAAGGAAGGAGGAGACUUGUGGGUUUGUUGCUGGUAGCUACGUCUUUAUCUCAUUUAUUUUAUUUCUUUUUCAU